CCACCUCCACCACCGCCUCAGUUUCUACUGGGACGCGGCGGUGGGAGGUAGUACUUUGUCCCUCUCCCUGCCCAUUGUUGCGUGUGUUGUGUUGAGUUUCCUCAUUGUCAAGAAUUUAUCCCCUCCUGGAGAGCUGUAUCCCCGACGUGUUCCAGUGAGAGGAGACGUGAGUGUGGAGGCGAGGAGCGGCUUACAGCUCUGCUACUCUGACUUUCACUGACGGAACCCAAAUAAUGUUGGCAGCUCAGUCACCGAUGUUUAUAAGGAAUGAACAAUAAACACUUGUAGUUUGUGAUGGAAAUAUUACGUCAUGAAUGGCGAUACAAAUGACAGCCGUGUGUACUUCUCGUGUAGCAGACCUGCGUGGUUUACCCCGCAGCAGGUGACGAAGUGAGCGCCAUCACGUCCUGGGAACAUUACUCGGGUCGUGACACACCCCGGCGGGAGACCUCCAUUGUGCGUGACCGGAAACCCAAACCUUGGAUUACUGUUCUGCCCCGAUGCCAAAAUUUCCUUUCACCGCCACGUCUUGCCAGCGACGACCUGUUUAUGGACACACUGGACGCCUGUCCCCGAGCCUCGUGAUCGCCACCACCUCGCCACCACACAUCUUCCAUGAUAGUUGUCAAUUCCAUCAUGGCGUCGCCCGAUUCUCCUCGCCUCAACUUGGCUACGGCGUCCCGAGACUUCUUGACCACGGUAGACUACCCUCUGCGUCCUGUGGUGUCCAGGACCUGGGGUAAACCCUUCAGGACACACAGGCGCUGGAGCUGGUGUUACUUCCCUCAGUCCUUCCCCGUGUACCGCAUGCAGCGGCUGGUGAGUGUAGUGCUGUGCCUGCUGGGGCUGCUGCUGCUCUCCCUUGUUGCCUUCGUGUUGGUUCAGGUGACGCCCACCACCCAGGUACUGAGGGGCGGCGGCCUCAUGAUGGCCGCCCACACCAGAAACAACGGAUUAGACUUGAUGAGUGUCAACGACAACACCAAGUGGGAUGUUGGUCUGGGUGUUGGCAGGACGGUCAGGAAACUGGAGGACCAUCCUGAGUACAAGCGAAGUGUGGAGGACGACUACACCGAUGACGAUGACGACGACUUUGAUGAUGAUGAAGACGACCUGAUACUGAACGACAGUUACGACGAGGACUAUGACAAUCAGGAGGACGACGAGUACAACCCAGUGUUUGACAUGAAGUACUUCGACUUCUCCGUCAAGGAGGAGGGCGGAGACAACAAGAGAAAGACCCACACGAGCCAGCAGGAGGAGGCUGCGGAAGACCGAUCCACCUUCAAGACGCCCACGGUGAGGGAGACGUGGAAGAACCUACCACAGGUGAACCUCAUCAGCGACUACGGGCUGGAGGUGGUGGUGGAGGGCGUGGUCUUCUCUCCGGCAGUAGAGGCUCUCCUGUUAGAGCCUGAGAUCAGCGACGCCACCGUCGGGAGGGUACAGGAGCGUCUCAGGUCGCAGGAGGUGACGGGACUGAAGGAACCCACCUGGGAGAGAUGUGGGCGGCCGAAGAACCAGUGGGUGGAGUUGGUCGGGGGCGGCGCCGCUUGUGCCAGAUACAGGUAUCCUGACGACUACCUGCUGGUGGGGGAAGUGGUCAGCUUUUACCUGUCGCGGCUACUGGGUGUGGGCCACGUCCCUCCUGUGGCCCUCAGUGAGCCGACCCAGCCAAGGUGGUCCACUGUGGCCCCCCAGAUGGCCCGGGCCGGCUGGGGUGAUGCUCCCGUGGUCGUCUUAACACCUUGGGUCCACGGCCUAGUCAGAGAUCACAUGCCCUCCAUCCUCCUUGACGUCGUCCUCAAGAAUUCAACCCUGAGUAUCCUGGAGGAGGAAGGGGAGACGCAGAAGGAGGAGCCUGAAGAUGGUCUCCAGGGACAUAAACUCUACAAAGUCGCCAACAUCAAAGACCAGAGUAUCCUGACGAAGACAAACGUGGAGAAGGAAGACAGAAGAGACGGGAAGCAAGGCCUCAGAGUUACUGGAAUUGAAGACCCAAAGACCCUGGACCUGGUGAAGGAGAGCAACCUGAAGAAGGGACGCACAGAAGACGAAACUCAGAGAUUUAGGAUCACUGGAAUCAAAGACCAAGUUACCCUGACGAAGAUAAAUGACGGAGACCUGCAGAAGAAACACACAGGGGAAGACGAAAUGCAGGGCCUCAAGGGGAGGAGGUCCCUGAAGCAGGCGGCUGAGAGGGACCUGGUUCGCCUGUUGCAGUGGAGUGACCUCCUUGUGUUCGACUACCUGACGGGGAACUACGACCGUGUUGCGUACAUGCAGGACGCCGCCGAGAAAGAGGGUCGUCCACAGAUACUGAGCGGCACUAUACAUAACCUGGUCCGGAGCGAGGCGACAGACGCCCUGUGGCUGCUGGACAACGAGUCAGGUCUGAUGGACGCCUACACCCUCCUAUACGGCACGGCAGACCCCGCCCAGUCCUCCAGGUUCCUCACCUUCCACACCCGAAUGCUGGAGUCUAUGUGCAUCUUCAGGAGGUCGACCAUGGAGGCCAUCCUGGGUCUGAUUCACCACCCGGAGCCUCAGAACCUCCUGGUGGAGUUUGUCAAGGCCCAUGAACCUCUCUUCCACAAGCUGCCAGACCCUAAGCUCAACGAUGUGUUCGUCAAGUACUUCCCACAGCGUGUGGCCCAAGUCCACGACUGGAUGGCAAAGUGUGUGGCGAGUAUCGCCAACCUGCCUCACCCACACCACCUCCAUGGAUGAUGAUAAUACUUCUCAUGUAAAUAAUAGAUAUAUUUUUUUGUACUUUGAGGAAAAUAUAAAUGUAUAACAACA